AUGCUCUCCUACGAUACCCCCGUGUCCAUGAACGGACAGUCUCCAACGUCAACAACCAAUAUCACGGCAACUCGACAGGCCAUGGCCCCCAAUACUCCUCUGAAGGUGUCCAUGCCUGCGGAUAAGAACAUGAACAGCAACACCACGGCCUUUGGUCUUGAUGUCCACCCUGCACACCAUCAUAUCUGGCUUGUCACUGGACCGGCUGGCUGUGGCAAGACCACGGUGGCAACCCAUCUGGCCAAGGCGCUGGGCAUACCUUAUGUAGAGGGGGAUGAGUUCCACACUGCAGAGAGCAUCACCAAGAUGAGCCUGGGCCAGCCACUCACUGACGAGGACCGGUGGGACUGGCUCACCCGCCUUCGGGAGGAGGCACUGAAGCAGCUUGCUCUGGGCCAUGAUGGUGUGGUUGUCACCUGCUCAGCCCUUAAGCGCAAGUACAGGGAUGUCAUCCGUGUGGCGCCCUACUUCUCGCCAGGACUCCAAGUACACUUUAUCUACCUCGACGCCCCGGAGGAGGUACUACAGCAGAGGGUUGCAAAGCGUCAGGGCCACUAUAUGGGUGCUGGGAUGGUGCACAGCCAGAUUGCCAUCUUACAGCCACCCAUGCGAGAUGAGGUUGACUGUGUCACUAUCGAUGUCAGCAGGUCUGGAGACGAGGUCUGUAUGGAUGCGCUCAACCAGGUCGUCACGAAGCUGGCAGAGGAUCAAUGA